UUCAGGACGUGUUUUAUAAUAAAAAUAUUUUCAAAAUCAAUGAGUUCUAGUGGUCAAAUGGUCAAAUUAUUAUUUAAUACAAUCAAAUUAACACUAAAUCGAAACUAUAAACGGAGAUUAUCAUCAAUACAAUUGUGCAGCAAAAUGAGUACCAAUACCACUCUUACGGAAUACAAAAGUGAAAUGAAAUCAUUCGAAGGAAUAUAUCCAACCAUAAUCGAUGCAGUGUGCAAAAAUUUCGGGCUCCAACAAAAUCCUUCAGUAGCUGUCUGGAUGAAAAAGAUCUUGGACUACAAUUUGCACGGUGGCAAGAAAGCACGUGGCUUAACGACUAUUCUCGCAUAUGAAACUUUGGAAAAACAAGACAACAUUAGUGUGGAAUCCCUAGAAAUUGUAAGAGCUUUGGGAUGGUGUGUGGAAAUGCUUCAAGCAUAUUCCUUAAUAAUGGAUGAUAUUAUGGAUGGAUCGACGACCCGUAGGGGUGUACCUUGUUGGUAUCGACUGCCUGAAGUCGGUAUGGGAGCUAUAAACGAUUGUAAUCUAGUUCAGUCGGCUAUGUAUGAAGUGAUUAGAGUGUACUGUGAGAAACUACCCACAUAUAAAGAGAUAGUGCAUUUAUUUAAUGAGACCCUCUUCUACGCUUCCAUUGGCCAACAUUUAGACUUUACGAUGGCACAUCGUAACAAGGACGAUUUCAGUCUAUUCACACCGGAGCGAUAUGCUGCAAUAGUAAAAUUUAAAACAGGAUAUUAUACAUUUAAACUGCCAAUAUUCUUGGGCAUGUUAGUAGCAAAUAAUAUGAACUCUGAUACCUAUAAGAGAGCUGAAACAAUCUGCUUGGAUUUAGGUUACUUAUUUCAAAUGCAAGAUGAUUUCCUGGAUUGCUUUAGUUCUGAGCAAGUCACUGGAAAGGCGGGAACUGACAUACAAGAGGGCAAAUGUUCUUGGCUAGCAAUUGAAGCGCUGAAGCGCUUUACUACUCCACAGCUUGAGGUGUUUAUAGAUUGCUAUGGAAGCCACGAUCCAGCGAAAGUAAAGCGCGUGAAGCAGCUUUAUGAGGAAUUGCAACUACGUGACGUGUAUCAAAGUGAAGAACGGCAAAGAUAUAACGCAAUUAUAAAAAUGGCGGAAGAAUUACCAUCUGAUGCGGGAGCAUUGCCAGAGUUGUUUAAAAAAUUAUUAGCUUUAACUUAUGAUAGGAAGAAAUAACUAUUAAUUUUCAAUCAAUCAUUACUUAAAAUAUUUGGGAAUACA